CUCCGUAUGAUAGCGAUUCCGAGAGAAUUUUUGUGAAUCCAGUAAAAUUAGGCCCAAAAGCUUUGGCCCAACUCUAAUUUCUUCUGUAUCUGAGUAGGGCUCGAAAUUUAGCCAGCUUUCUUCGCCAGAGAACCCUUAAAAAUGGAGUCUUUAUCAAAAUUUGAAUCACAACAUCACUUGUAACUUUGCUCAUUCUCAAACAUUUCCUUCUAAUCAUGGCUACAUUACACGUUUUCAGGUCUGCAAUAUCUUUUCAAUUCCUGAUUUUCCAUCUUCUAACCCUAUAUUCCAUUUUUGGCUAUUCAUUUGAGGUCCUAAUCACCGGCAACCCCAAAUUCGAUCCCCAAAUAGCUCUCCUUGGCGACGCCAGGAUCUCCGAUGAUGGCUCUCGUGUGCAACUCACGAGCCCUCAUGCCUCAAGUUCUGGUCUUCUCUUAUGCAAGGAUCGCUUCAAAUUUUUUGGUUCCAGUCGUAAGAAAACGUCGUCGUUUUCCACGGAGUUUGAGUUCUCUUUUACCGGUAAUGGGGAUAAUCUCUCUCUUGUUAUGGGUCCCAAUAAUUUUGCAUCUGAAUUUCUGGGUCAAGGUCCGUUUGAGGUUUCAAGUGAGAAAGGGUAUCUGGGUAUUGAAUUUGGUGCUUCAAUGGAUGGCAAUGUAGGUGAUUCUAAUACUACUCUUGUAUCUGUUAGUGUUAAUAAUGAACUGUUCACACAUUCUGUGACGAAUAGUGGAGAGUCAUUGAAGUCUUGGAUUGACUAUGAUCCUAGUUCCAAAAGAUUAGAGAUUAGGUUAAGUAAAUCAAGUGGUAAAAGGCCAUAUAAUCCCAUUAUUGCAUAUUCAAUCGAUCUGUCAAAAAUGUGGGAAGCCAAUGAGGUCCAUGUGGCCUUAGGCUCAAGAAAUGGUGGCAACUUAUCAGAUACAUUUUAUGUGUAUUCGUGGAGAUUUAGGUUGAGGAACUUUCCAAAUUGGAUGCAUUCCUUACCAGUUGAUCCACAUGGAUCUGUGGAUAAAGGUAAUGAAAGUUUAAGGGUGCACAGUAGAACAUUUUGUCCUUUUACUGUUCUUGCUGGGAUGAUUUUUGCAACUGGAUGUGGAGCAUUGCUGGCAUUUAUGGUACUAUUUGUGUGGGCAAUAUUUGCCAAUAAGCACACUGUGUUUCCAAUUGAAGGUAAUGUGCAGCCAGUGGAUUUCAGGUACGAAAAGAUCAGUGUAGUUGUGGAGAAAGGUGGGAAAGUGGUUAAGAAUUAGAAUAUAUGAACUUUCUGUUAUGAAUUUAUUUGGCAAGAGUUUUUGUAGUAUAUGAAGUUCUGUUAUGAAGUAUUAUGUUGUUUGUAUUUUUAUCCUUGUGGUACUGACUGAUCUAAUGAAUCAUAGAGUUCCUUGUGUGCACCUGACAUGUAUGCAAUGAACUCUUUUUGUAUCA